AUGGCAGACCAAACACCCGCACCAGACCACGCAGCGCCCUCCGUCCCCAACUCACCACUCCCCAAGCGCACCAAAUACACAGAAGCAGCCCCAAGCUUAACAGUAGCCUCAAUCCUCAACGACCAACCCCCCACACCCACACCCGACUCCCUCCCCAACCCCCUCUCCGAAAUGUCCACAACAACCACCAACAACGCCACCGCCCUCCCCUCCAUGCCCUCAAUCCCCGCCAUGCCGCCCAUGUCCUUCGAACCACCUCCACCAGCCCUGCAAAUCAAACGCCUCUCGCCCUCCGCAAAGCUCCCCACGCGCGGCUCCGAGUACGCAGCCGGCUACGACCUCUACGCCUCCAAGGAAGCUGUGGUGCCCGCCCGUGGAAAGGUGCUAGUGGAUACAGACAUCAGUAUUGCGGUGCCGGCGGGGACGUAUGGACGUGUUGCGCCACGGAGUGGGCUGGCGAGCAAGUUUAGUAUUGAUGUGGGAGCGGGUGUGAUUGAUGCGGAUUACAGAGGGCCGGUGAAAGUGUUGCUGUUUAACCUCAGUGAUGUGGAUUUUGAGGUGAAGGUGGGGGAGAGGGUUGCGCAGUUGAUUGUGGAGAGGAUUUACACCCCCCAAGUGCUAGAGGUACAGGAACUCGAAACCACUGUCCGAGGCGCUGGUGGCUUCGGCUCGACGGGAGGGUUUGGUGGAGCGCUUCCUGCAAUGGCUGCUCCAGCAGUGCCAGGUACUGCUCCGCUGCCAUAA